AUGGAGGAGAGGGACGAGACGGCGAUCUCCAGGGUUCCGUCGCAUUACAUGCGCCACCCGGUCAUGGAUGGGUCGGCCUCUGGAUCACAGCCUGGAUUCCAUUCCCUGCCUGAGAUGCGCUCAUUCUCCAACCCUUUGAUGACCCACUCCAUCGACAGGGCAACAAUUUGCGGCGGAGGGUCUGCCGUUUCGGCUAUGCCGGUGGAGAUUCCAUCUCCGUCUCCGUCUCCUCUUCCCCCGCACGCCAUGAAUUUGGUCAGUCGAGGAGGCGGCGUGGCCCUGGGAGAGCCCAUGAAGAGGAAGAGGGGAAGGCCACGGAAAUACUGCCCAGAUGGAACCAUGUCCUUGGACCUCAUUCCUUCGUCCUCACCAGACCCUGGAUCAGUUGGAGGAAUACCUGGAAUGGGAUCAGCGGGGGCAACCGGAACGCCCAUGUCAACAGAGAAGCGGCGUAGAGGACGGCCGCCAGGGACAGGGAGGAAGCAGCAGCUUGCAUCCUACGGUGAGCUCCAGAGACUGGUUAUUUCAUUUUUCCGGUGGCUGUUAACUCACUUUUGCACUCUUUUUUUUCUCAUUCUUUUUUUCAAAAAAGUGCCUUACGGUGUGCCAUUACAGUGUUUGUGUGAUCUUAGUUUUUCUCUGGCUGAACUGGGCUCUUCACCUGCUGUUAGGUGAGUGGAUAUCUUCUUCAGCUGGCAUGGGCUUCACUCCACACAUAAUAACCAUAUCUGACGGAGAGGUAAUUAACGCAUAUAUGGUCCUCAUUUUCGGCUAAUCGCGUCGUGAAGAGGGUAAUCGGGCGCUUUAUUUUAAACCAUGUCCUGCUAAGAACAAGGUCUAGAAAAUUUCACAGUAUGAUAUUAACCAGCCUGGUAAAACCGGGCUUAUUGGGAUGUAUUAUUCCUUAAUGUUUUAUGGUGGGUAUUCUUGAUCUGUAGCAAUUGCGUAUGAUUGAAUCAUGGGCAGAGCUUUUCUGAACCUAAUGAGCUUCACCGACAGGUUAAAUGGCCGGCCUUGGGAGGAUGUUUGUGCUCAGGAUGCAGUUUGAGCAGUGUAUUUGUUCUAUUUUCACGAUUUUAUCGUGUUUCUAAUCGGAUAUUUCGUUCCCCAUUUUCAGGACAUUUCUUCUAAAAUAAUGUGGUUCUCGCAACAAGGGCCUCGAGCGAUCUGCGUGGUCUCGGCGACUGGGGCCAUCUCUACUGCCACUCUUCGCCAGCCUGCUUCUUCUGGUGUCACUGUCACAUAUGAGGUCAAACCAUCUUUACUCGGCGUUUGAUAAAUAAAGAAGAUAAUCGUGGUUCAUGAUGCGAUUUCCUUGUGAUGCCUUUAUCGAUGUCUAUUUAUUUUUCAGGGCCAUUUCGAGAUUGUGAGCUUGUCCGGAUCCUACGUACUCUCGGCAAAUGGCCGCUCCUGCAGCCGGAGCGGCGGGCUCAGCGUCACUCUUCUUGGCCGUGAUGGCCGCCUGCUCGGCGGCGGGGUCGGCGGGUUGCUGAUUGCUUCGAGCCCAGUCCAGGUGACUCCCACGCUCCCCUGAUUAUUCAUCCCCAAACGGCGUGAGCAGUGGGGUUGACUGGUUUUUCCGGGAUUUUGGGGCCUCAAAGUCAACCUCGACGAGCGAAAUUGGCCCGGCUCGGCCUGGUCAACAUCUGGGCAGGACCCGGAUUUCUCUAGGGUUCCCUCUCUCGCUCUCUCGCUCAGAUGGCAGUGUUUUUUUUCCUGUGUUGAGGUCUUUCAGGUGUUCGUCGCAAGCUUCAUCUACAGAGGGACGAAGCCGAAGAACAACCCCAAUCUGGACGCAACAGCAACCAAUCCUGGCAAAGAGGAGGAAGAAGGAGAAGAGCUUCCAUUCAGUGAUCCUAAACAGACUCCGCCAUCCUCUGACGCAGAGGAGCUAGAUGGCACGGAUGCCCAGGUCAGCAUCAACCUGGCCGGUGGAUAA